AACAAAGAAGCCAGUGGACUAGAAGAGAACUUGUUCACUUGUUUGGCAACUUUCAAUCAUUUGUACUUUUAACUUCCACAUAAAGGUGCACUAGCCAACGCGUUUUGCGCGAUAAGUUAUCAAAAUCAAGGACUCAUGGCUGAAGUUGGCAAUGUAGCUUGCACUGAAAGAAGAUGGAACAUACCAAUCUUUGUUUUCUUUGAAGACAUUAGGAAUGUCUUUAAAUUCGAUGAUCUUGGCAUGGAAAUCCUACGUAUCGCGUUCCCUGCAGCUCUUGCAUUAGCUGCUGAUCCUAUUGCUUCUCUCAUUGAUACAGCAUUCAUCGGUCAUUUAGGGGCAGUUGAAAUUGCAGCAGUAGGAGUUUCAAUUGCCAUUUUUAAUCAAGCCUCUAAAGUCACAAUUUUCCCUUUAGUGAACAUAACUACUUCAUUUGUUGCUGAGGAAGAUACUGUUAGAAGAAUUAGUGAAAAAGAAGCAAAAGCUGAUUUGGAGAAGGGUAAAAUGGAGAAGAAUGAUUCAACAAAACAGCUAAUACUAACUGGUGAUAAUUACAAUGACAAGACGGAAACCAAAGAGACUGUGUUAGCACCAGAAUUUAAGACGACAAAAUGUGAGUCUUUGGAUAAUAAAAGUGAAGGCAAACUCAAACAUGUGAAGCGACAUAUUCCAUCAGCUUCAACUGCAAUUCUCAUGGGAUGCAUUCUUGGCAUUCUCCAGACGAUUUUCCUUAUAUUUCUCGCGAAACCAAUUUUAAGCUUAAUGGGUGUGAAAUCUGAUUCUCCUAUGCUUUCUCCAGCAAAGAAGUAUUUGACCUUGAGGGCAAUUGGUGCCCCUGCAGUCCUUCUUUCUUUGGCUAUGCAAGGCGUUUUUCGCGGUUUCAAGGAUACUAGAACUCCGUUAUUCGCUACUGUUGCUGGAGAUUUGACAAACAUAAUUUUGGACCCAAUCUUUAUUUUUGUUUUCCGUUGGGGUGUUAGUGGUGCUGCCAUUGCUCAUGUUCUUUCUCAGUACUUGAUAUCGAUUAUUCUCCUAUUUAAAUUGAUGACAGAAGUUGAUCUAUUACCUCCUAGCGCGAAAGAUCUGCAGUUCAGCAAAUUUCUCAAGAAUGGAUUUUGGUUACUAGCAAGGGUGAUAGCUGUUACAUUUUGUGUGACAUUGGCUGCAUCAUUGGCUGCACGAUUAGGCACAACGCAGAUGGCUGCAUUUCAAGUUUGCUUACAAAUCUGGCUAACAUCAUCUCUGCUUGCUGAUGGAUUAGCUGUAGCAGGACAGGCAAUACUUGCUUCUUCAUUUGCUGAGAAAGACUUCCAAAAGGCAAAGGCUGCAGGAGUUCGAGUCCUACAGAUGGGAUUAGUGUUGGGAUUCGGACUUGCUAUAGUUGUUGCAAUUGGGUUAUACUUCGGAUCAGGAGUCUUUUCAAAGGACAAAAAUGUUAUCCGUUUCAUAAUCAUUGCCAUCCCGUUUGUUGCUGGUACACAACCAAUCAAUUCAGUGGCAUUUGUGUUAGAUGGUGUCAACUUUGGAGCAAAUGAUUUUGCAUACUCUGCAUAUUCCAUGGUUUUGGUUGGUGCACUAACCAUAACCUGUGAGUUUGUCCUUUCAAAAACCAAUGGCUACAUUGGUAUAUGGAUUGCUUUAGCCAUAUUCAUGGUUCUGCGUACAUUUGCCGGUUUAUGGAGGAUGGGGACAGGAACAGGACCAUGGCGUUUUCUGCGGAUUCCACCGAUGUCAGCAGAAGUCAAGUCAUAGAGUUGCUAGAGCACUUAUGUGACUAUAUAUAUUAAUCCAUCUAUUAUUUUCCUUGGGAGUUAUAAUUAUUUUUCUUGCGUAUAGGGUAAAAAUUCUACAGAAUUUUUUACUCAUAUAUAUGUUACUAUAAUUUAAUAAUAAUAUAUAGUGAUGUCAUUUUCAUAUGAUUUUGACAUUUUUGUAAUGGAAUAUGGC